AUGGCAUCGUCAAUGACCCAGCAUGUCGAAACCAUCCCCAUUUCUAGCACAUCCCACCCGGAUAACCCGGUGCCGGAAGAGCCUACCACCUUACCACAUCUCAGAAUAAUGCAUCCAGGAACCACCUCUUCUCCUGGCACGCAGACAUCCUCUGUAUCUACAAUCGGAACUUUUGACUUGGCCAGUGAUUCCGAGACUCCAUCCACGCCAGCAACUGAGCCACUGGCCGAUGAAGUCAUAGAAGGGACAGCAGACCUCACCCUUAGCCCGAAAUCUCCCCCACAGCCUACCCAACGUCGAAGACGAGCCUCCACUGUGCUGAUAUCUCAGAGCUCACAUGAUGUCCAGAAGAUUCUAGGCAGCACUCAGGGCGGCACACAUGUCCUGGAAAAACUGUGCUGUGGCGGAGGAUGCUGCAAACUUCAGCCACUCCAGGAGCCUGCGUCCUCUUCCUUGAUCCAUCCUGUCAUCAAACCAAAGAACAAGGCAUUUGAAAGCUUGAAGCUGCAACUAGGCCAAUUGUCACACGACAGCGCCUUGACCAACAUUACACCUAUGCCCGAAAAGACUGUGUCCUUUUCCCCUGUGCCUGCAGAAUUCGCCCAUGAGGACCUGGGACCACCAGAUCAUCCGCCUCGAUUUGUCCAACCACAUCCUCCUUAUGAAGUUUACCGUGCUCCCCUUCGCCACGCCCGAGAACUGACCAAGCCAGGUGCUGAAAAGCGAACCUACCAUUUUGAUAUCGACGUCACAGAUUACCCUGCUGAGGGCGGCAAUGUUGACUUCGUGGUUGGGGGCGCGAUUGGCGUCUGUCCGCAAAAUUCAGACCAGGUGGUGGAUAACGUUUUUGACCUCCUUAACAUUCCGAAGAUGGUCAGAGAUAGGAAAGUGAUGGUGCACACUACUGCCGGUCGAUGGCCCACUGUCUGGGGAGAUGAAAAACCUCGCAGCCUGGUGACUACCAGGCGCCAACUGCUUAGCUGGUGCUCCGACCUCCAGAGCUACCCACCCACAAAGCAAAUUUUCCGACUCAUGGCCGAGUACGCCACUGAUCGAGAUGAGAAGAAGAUAUUGAUGUUCCUCUCAUCUGCGCAGGGGCAGGGGGCAUUCUGCGACCUGCGCACCGACCGACAUACCACCAUAUCUCAACUAUUAUCCGCAUUUCCUUCCUCCCAGCCACCCCUCGACCACCUGCUCUCCACUCUCAACACCCUCAUGCCACGAUUCUAUUCCCUUUCGCAGGAUCCCCUCGUCUCAUGCACCCUCAGCGAUGGCAAAUGCCAGCGCCUGAUUGAGAUCGCUGUCACCGUCCACGAAGCCCCUGAUGGGCGUGGCGGUAAUCGAACGGGCGUUGGCUCCGGCUUCCUCGAACGGAAAGCGCAACAAAUUCUCGAAGCCGAGAAAUCUGGCAAAGACAUCUCAUCCUUGGACCUGCACAUCCCAAUGUUCCGUGGUCUGAUGUCCAAUCCCCUUGCCCGGGAAUUCGUCUCGGAUGGCCCCAUGCUUCUCAUCGGAGCUGGCGUGGGCGUUGCUCCGUUCCGCGGCUUCGUCCAGCGUCGCUUGAAGUCUGCAAACUGCGCCAACAAAGUGUGGGUUCUGCAGGGGAUCCGCGACUCGCUGCUUGACGAGCUUUAUUCCGGCGAGUGGGGUGUGCAUGAAGAGACUGUGAAGAAGGUCGUACAGAGCCGGAGUGGCGAGGGCAAGUAUGUGCAGGAAGAGGUGCGCAAUCAGGCGGAUCUUGUCUGGUUUGUUAUCAACUCGCUUGAUGGGCGGGUUUUCGUUUGUGGGAGCAGUAAGGGUAUGGGUGAGGGUGUUGAGACUGCGUUGGUUGAUGUUGCGAUGGCGAAGGGAAAUUUAAACCGCGAGGAAGCACAGCUCUUCUGGCAAGGGAAGAAGGACGCAGGUCAAUAUAUCACGGGAGGCAACCGCUGA